GUUUUGGUGACGUGGGGGAUACGACAGGGGCACGACUAGAGCCCUUCCUACGGUGUUAUUUAGUCCUGAUGAAGUUUAGCCAACAUUUACAAGCUCAUUUAACUCCAGAAUGGCGCAAACAGUAUAUACACUACUCGCGUUUCAAAGCAAUGAUUUACGAAGCUGUUGCUAAUGCGCCUGGUAAUGAGGGGAUUCGUGAUGAUCCAGCCUACUUCAAAGAAGUAGAACUAAAAUAUAUGCAAGUUAUCGACAAAGAAGUAGAGAAGAUUGAAGCCUUUUUUAAAUCACGGGAAGGAGAUGCCAAAAGCAGCUUCUUAGAUCUUGAAGAAGAAGUAGGUCGUCUAAAGUUACUAGCGUCUAUACAUGGCACUCAAUCUAAGAGAAGAGAGGCAGCUCACUGGGGAAAGGCAAUAAAUGGUCAAGUGGCUGUUGGCAACAGAAAGGCUUGGAAACGGAAGAGUUUUACCGAGAUCGAGCAUCAGAUCAGCUCACCAGAUGUAGAUGAUGAGGUAGAUGAAGCAGUGAGACUUUCUUCUCGUGAAAUCAAAACAAGGUUGAAAGAAUUGAAACUAGCAUUUAGUGAAUUCUACCUUAGUCUCGUUUUGCUGCAGCAAUAUCAACAACUGAAUAGAGAAGGAUUUAGAAAGAUCUUGAAGAAACAUGACAAGGAGUGGCGAACAACCGAUGGCUUAAGAUACUACAGUGAUGUCAUACUAAAGACUUACUUUGUUCGAUCAAAGGAAAUUGAGCAACUCAUUCUGAAAACGGAGAAGGUCGUUAUUGAAGAUUUAGAAGGUGGUAACAGAAGGCAAGCUAUGAAUCGGUUGCGAGUGCCACCACUUGAAACUCGAUAUUCUCACUGGUCAUCUUAUGGUCUUGGAUUGUUCAUGGGCAUGUCUAGUGUUCUCAUUGUUUGUUCUAUCAUACUUGGUGUUUACUUGACAAAUCUAAAGACUAAUAAUUGUGGCAACACAACACACCCAAUAGAUUGUGCCGUGUGCAAUGUACUAAACAGUUCUUGUCAAUGUGAAAUGAACAGCACUUGUAGAGCUGUUCCAGAGAAGAUUUUCUAUGAUUGGGGGAAUUGGAUUCCAGCACUUCGAAUGUUUAGAGUGACUCUGUUUAUUUUUCUUAUGGUAUUCUUUGUUGGUGUCAACACGUAUGGAUGGCGAGCAAAUGGUGUAAACCACGUUCUCAUAUUUGAAAUUAAUCCAAGAGAAUACUUGUCGUCGUUUCAGCUAAUGGAGAUUGGCACUUGCAUGUCUGUGAUAUGGCUGUGUGGUAUUAUGUUGUAUUAUGCAAUCCACCAUUUUGGUUCUCCAGACAAUGCAUUCUUCAGUCCACUGACAGUCAUGAUAGUGAUAAUUGUUUACACUGUUAUUCCAUUCAAAAUCUUUCAUUGGAGAUCACGUUUGUGGCUUCUUCGUAAACUGAAACGGAUCAUCAUGGCUCCUUACUAUGCGGUGGAGUUUCCAGAUUUUUGGUUGGCUGAUCAGAUGACCAGUUUGUCAGGUGUUUUGCUAGAUGUUGAAUAUACUUUGUGCUUUUUUGCAUUUGACUGGAAGCAGCAUCCAGAUCAUGCUGUGUGUACAAGCGUGCAAAAUGGCAUUCGUCCCAUUAUUGCAUGUUUACCAGCAUGGUUCAGGUUUGCUCAAUGCUUACGACGUUAUCGUGACACUAACAAGUUUUUUCCUCAUGCUGUCAAUGCUGGCAAAUACUCAACAACAUUCAUCGUUGUACUUUUUUCUUCUCUUUACCGUACAGAAAAAGGUAAUAUGGUGCUGGUUAUGAUACCAUGUGUGUCAUCCGGUGUAUUUCUUAAUCUAUUAUACUAUACUUGCAUUUCUUUAGAACAAGGUGCCGCUAGUCGAGAAGGCACACUAUUUGCUGUCUGGAUUAUUGCGUACAUUGUCAAUUUUUGUUACACUUUAUGGUGGGAUAUGUAUAUGGAUUGGGGUGUACUUGAUCGCAAGUAUAGUUUUUUGAGAGAAGAGCUGAUUUACCCACAUCCACUCAUCUAUUAUGUGGCAAUUGUCGAAGACAGUCUCUUUCGUUUGUUUUGGACAUUCCAGGUGUCGCUUCUCGAGUCAGAAGUGUUGGAGGUUGAAGUGUUGAAAACAGUGUUUGGCUUUUUUGAGAUGUUAAGACGCUUUGUAUGGAAUUUUUUUCGUUUGGAGAAUGAACAUCUCAACAAUUGUGGAGAAUUUCGAGCUGUGCGUGACAUAAAAAUCAAACCACUCGACAUUCCAAAAGCUGUGCCCAGCUCUGCACAACUUAACACGAAACCGGAUGUUAGCAAAUAUGUGACUACUUCAUAUGAGUCAAAUGUAUAAAAAUUAUUGUAUAGUGAUAAAUGAUAUAUCUUUGUUACAUUUGAGUGUUUACGCGAACUGUUAUAUCAUUUUUACAUGUUGUUAGAGAGGAGUGCAGUUGUGUUAUGAUGAUGAUAUUGAUGUUGAUAAGGCUGCUGUUGCUGAUAUGCGU